GGUUAUACUAAAACGGAAAUGGCUUCGAUCAUUUCCAUGUUCGUGCUCGUUGCUUUUCAGCUAUCCAUUCAAGCUGCGAAAUCAGAACCACAGAUACAAGAUGAAGCUUGGGGUUAUGUGGAAGUAAGACCAAAUGCUCACAUGUUCUGGUGGUUUUAUGGAGCUCAGGUGAAAGAUCCAGCAGAGAGAGUUCAAAAACCUCUGUUGAUGUGGUUGCAGGGAGGUCCCGGGGCUUCCUCCACAGGUUAUGGCAAUUUCGCAGAGAUCGGUCCCCUGGAUAUCGAUCUCAAGCCGCGCAAUACAACGUGGAUAAAGGAAGCUAACAUCGUAUUUGUGGAUAAUCCUGUUGGUUGUGGAUAUAGUUAUGUUACAGAUCCAUCGGCCCUCACCACGAACAUCUCAGAAAUUACAGCUGACUUGAUAACCUUCUUCAAAGCUUUUCUGCUCAAGUUCCCAAUUUUCCAGAAGUUACCUUUUUUCAUUGCUGGUGAGUCAUAUGGUGGUAAAAUGGCUGCUGCUUUGGGUAAGGCCUUACAUGUCUUGAUUAAAGAAAAGAAGAUUCAGUGUAAUCUUAUUGGGCUUGCCCUAGGAGACUCCUUGAUAUCGUUUGAAGACAUAACACUCUCUUAUGGACCAUAUCUAUUUUCUUUUUCGCUGCUUGAUGGGAAAGACUACAAUGAUGUCCAAGAAUUGGCCAAUGAAGUUUUCAAUGCUGCCAGUAAAGGAGAUUUCAAGACAGCUAUGGAUUUAACGGACAAAGGAAGCAACCUCAUUGCUAAUGUAACUGACAAUGUUGAUGUUUAUUAUGUGUUGCGUCAUAAUGUAUUAGAUUCUGUCAACACACAUUCCCUUAUCCACAAGAAUACUUCCAGGCUGUCACAUGAUCAAAUGUUUGCACAAUACAUAAUAAGGGCCCACAGUGAUCCUCUUUCUGAGCUCAUGAAUGGACCAAUCAGAAAGAAGCUUGGUAUUAUACCAGAAAAUGUUACAUGGGGUGGUCAGUCAAAUUUGGUGGCAAACUGUCAACGAAAUGACAUCCCAUCAUCAGUAUUAUCAGAUGUGGGUGAACUUGUUAGGGGAGGGGUGAAAGUGACUGUGUAUGAAGGUCAGCUUGAUAUGAUCUGUGGGACACUUGGUGCAGAGUUGUGGAUUUCGAAAAUCAAGUGGGAUGGCUUGUCAGAAUUUUUGAAGGCAUCUAGGAAACCAUUGUAUGCACCAUCAAAAUUGGAAAAGAGGGAAACUGGAGCUUUCUUGAAGAGCUAUAAAAACUUUGGGCUUUAUUACAUUCUCAAUGCUGGUCAUAUGGUUCCAAUAGAUGCCCCUGAAAUGGCUUUGGAAAUGAUAAAAACUGUCCUGAACUAAUGGUUAUCUACCAAAUGGCAAGAGUGUGUCCUGUAUUGUGGCACAAAUGACAUUAUAGUCUCUUGGAGACUUUGACCUUAAAUAAUCAUAAAACUUGAUUUCGAUGUUUUAAUACUUUA